AUGGCAGCCAUAGAUCAUUUCCUAGGGAUAGAACUGAUCAAAGCCUUACCGCUCUCCUUUCACACGGCGAAAGAGCUACGGGGUCGUGCUGAGCUUCUACCUUCUGGCCCCAAGUGGCAAUAUCAUAUCAUUUCCACCGAACAUCCAAUGAAACUACCUGUGCACUUGUAUUGGCGCGAUCCACUGGACUGUAUCGAGUUGCUCUUCAACAAUCCUAGAUUUGCCAAGGAUAUUGACUUCAUCCCUGAAUGCAUAUACACCAUGGCGGAGCACAUGGUACGAAUAUAUGACGAAUGGAUGACUGGCGACACAGCCUGGAUGAUGCAGUCUGAACUUCCAGAGGGUUCUACGUUACUUGGUGUAAUACUUUCCUCUGAUAAGACCAAUAUCACAAACAUGACCGUUCGAAAUAAGGCAUCAUCGCACGCUUUCCUUCUCACAGCCCUGCUUCCCAUUGCUGAGUUUGUACAUCCAGUCAAGCGUAUGCAAGGUGUUUUAGAAGCUCACCUAAUCCAUCAAUGUCUUGACAUUGUCCUUGAGCCACUCAAGCAGGCUGCACACAUUGGGUGUAUGAUGUCGGACCCAGUCAGAAACCUUAGAUAUUGCUUCACUCCCCUGACCUCGUAUAUUGUGGAUACACCCGAGGCAGCCAUGCUUGCCUGUCAAUUCAGUGAUGGCUUUCAACACCCCCCAUGCACAGCAAAAACCACCCUCACACAGCUCAAGAGCAUCAAAUCUAUGUGCGACCCUCGAAAUUUUGAAGACUUCUUUGCUGCCUAUGAGCCCUACCACCUCAGCGGUGUUGUUGAUCCGUUCUGGCACAACUGGCCAUUCACAGAUCCAACUCGGUUUCUGACUCUGGAAGCAUUGCACCAUUGGCAUCGUGAAUUCUAUGAUCACAAUGUACAGUGGUGUAUCAGAAUCAUUGGCACGGAGGAGCUUGACUUUCAUUUCUCUGUCUUACAACCACUCGUGACAUUCAGACAUUUCAAACAGGGUAUCUUGAUGCUCAAGCAAGUCACUGGAAGAGCACAGCGGGACAUGCAGCAUUAUCUUGUUGCUGUAAUUGUGGAUGCCGCACCUCCGGGCGUUGUCAUUGCUGUACGUGCAUUAAUGGACUUCCAUUACUUAUCACAAGCAGUAACAAUCAGUUCAAACCAAUGUCAAAAGAUCCUUGAUGCUCUCAAAACAUUUCACAAUCACAAACAUCAAAUUAUUGUGCACGGUGGGUGUCAGGGUGCCAAGAGCAAAAACAUCCUUGACAACUGGUACAUUCCGAAACUCGAAUUGAUGCAAAGUGUUGUGCUAAGUGUCUAUCAAGAUCCAGCAGAAUUGACAAAUAACCAGAACUAUGAUCCCCAGAUAUGUCAAUAUCUGGAUCACAUCGAAAAAUGUCAACAUUUUCAUACUGCAACAUCUAUUGCACAGCAAUUGCAGUCUCAGAUGGAUACUGCCACCACUGGAUAUGGAGAUGAUGACUUGGAUGAUGGGAUCAAUGAUGACAAGGGCGCUGAUGAGGCAGACGAUCUACAGGCUACCAUUAGUGAUCUCUGGGGGACAGGCUGUGUUAUAACGAAUUUCUUCAAGAAAGCACAGCUUGCUUCAUCGUCCACCACAGCACCCAGACCACUCUGCACGUUCAUCGCUGGCUCCACUACCAUACAUCUUAAUUUUUACCCCUCGUUACGAUGUCAAGCUAUCGACAAUGUCGCCGAGAAGUUCUGUUUGCCUGACUUGCGAGCAGCACUCGCCAAUUACAUUCAACGUGAGGGUCAGAUUGUUCAAAACCUUUGUGUCUACAAGUUGACAGGACAACAUCGAGCAUCACCAAACAUGAAUCUUCCAUUCAAGCACCUUGAUAUUUGGUUCAAAGUGUGUGUACAGCAGAUGCCACAUGACACCGGGUCAGCCCUCCUUCCUGCUCUGACAGUCAGUGCAUCUCUGCCAGAUGCUAACUGGAAGCAUGGCCGCUAUGAUGCUGCCAUAUUUACUGUUGAUGGAACUGAACAAUGGCCUGCUAGUGGGCUUCAAGGUGACUUAACAUAUGCUUCAGUGUUUUUUGUACUGAGGAACACAAUCUACUAG